AUGUCUUCUCAAUCCGAGUCCCUCACCGUUCAACAGCAGGGCAUAUACACUACUCACACGCUAGUACCAAUCGUCACAGCAAGUUCAAUUGCCACGAAUGACUCCCGGAGGCCCCUGCGGAAACGCUCAACACACACACUAACUAGGGCCGAGGAGGGACAGGGCCAAAGUUACCCCGAACCGAUCGCUCGACGUCGGACAACCGUUGCAUCACAGCAAAGCCUUCAAGGCGGCGUUAGAACCCAGAGUGGCUGGGAGGCUAUCAAGAAUGCGCUGGCCAGGGUCAACUGGAACAACCCAUUCACGCCGGCAAAGAAACUUGCGCCGUCCCCCAAUAUCUCGACGAGUAUCAGGAAUAUAAUUUUUUACUCUUGGUUUAAUCUUUUGCUUUCUUUCAUACCUGUCUCGUUUACACUUCAUUUUGCUGUUCCCGAACAACAUGCUGCGAUCUUCUCCACAUCCUUCAUUGGUAUCAUUCCUCUCGCGCAUCUUCUGUCGUUCGCGACCGAGGAGGUAUCUCUCCGCGUGGGUCAGGCAAUGGCAGGUCUAAUAAACGCUACACUUGGCAAUGUUGUGGAACUCAUCGUGGCUAUUAUCGCGCUAAUCCACUGUGAACUUGAUAUCGUUCAAUCCUCCCUCAUCGGCUCCAUCCUUGGAAACCUCCUACUGGUUCUUGGAAUGUGUUUCUUCCUGGGCGGGAUGAGGUUCUCCGAGCAAGGGUUCGCCAUGGGCGCUGCACAGUUGAACAGCUCUCUCCUCACGCUCAGCGUCGUCGCCGUCCUCCUCCCGAUGCUAUACAAGUUCAGCGCCGAUUCGAGCGGAGCGGACGAGAUCCAAACACAGGUCCAAAUCCUGCGCUUCAGUCACGGAAUGGCCUUAAUUUUGCUUUUCGGUAAUCUUUCACUCCCAUUUUCUUUCGUGUCUAACGCGCAUUAUGGUGCAGUUUAUGGCGGUUAUCUUGUAUUUCAACUUGUUUCUCACAAGGAAGUAUAUGCCGACGACAGCGCUGACAUUCUCAUAUCUACACCGUGGAUUCGAGAUCGCGUCAGCGCUGGGCAGUGCGAGUCCCCGACUGUCGAGCUACAGGUCUUUCCACCAACACCUACCACUCGCGUUCCCCCAGUGGCGCCAAUGCAAUGUGCCAAUCUGACAUCAGAACCGGAAGAGACUGAGUCUAGGACCGGGCUUCAAGCUAUCCGCGAGCAAAGCGAACAAAUCCCAACACCUGAAUUGCACAUUGCCGUUUGCCUCGGACUACUGGUUAUCGUCACUGUGUUGGUCGCACUUGUGGCUGAAUACCUGGUCGACUCAAUCAAUGGCCUGACCGAGUCCGGCAAAGUCUCCAAGGCAUUUGUUGGCAUUGUACUCCUCCCGAUCGCUGGUAACAUUGCGGAACAUGUCUCCGCCGUUACGAGCUCCGUUAAGGACAAGCUGACUCUGAGCCUGAGCAUAGCUGUCGGCUCAAGCAUCCAAAUCGCCUUAUUCGUUAUCCCCCUUAUCGUCAUUGUCGGCUGGGGCGCUGACAAACCUAUGUCCUUCCUUUUCGAUCCCAUGCAGGCCGUAUGUCUCCUUCUCGCAGUCCUAACCGUCAAUUAUGUCGUCGCGGACGGCAAGAGCAACUGGUUGGAGGGCAUGAUCUUGAUUGCUCUCUACUGCAUCAUCGGCACCCUGUUCUUCUUCUACUCUACACCGACUCAGGCGAUCGCCUUGGCCUGCAAGUGA